UGCACAACGAGGUGGGGCCCCGCACGGGGGGAGAGGUUCUCUCUUCCCCGCAGGAGAGGUGACACUACAGAAGCGGGCCUGUUCGAGUCCGACCGGGAUGGAGAGGCCGGGAUGGCCACAGCUCGUCGACAGGUGCGAUGGAGAUCUUCGUCACGCUGCUGCGCAUCACGCCGGCGCUCGGAGAGCUCAUCGUCUGAAAGUCAUGCAGGCCGGCAGGUCUGGAUCGUGGGCCAUAGCAUCGUGCUUUGGGCAUCUCGCUACGCGGCCACCUCCGGAUGGGGAGAGUCAUUGGGCCUGCAACCACGGGUGACUGUUCACUGGGUGGGGAUUCGAGGCACGCGCUGGGCAUCGCUCCUGCAACAGCUCCGCCAGACCCGGGAACAUCGUGGCACGCCACACGCGGUUAUCAUCCAGCUGGGGGAAAACAAUUUGCCCGAGAUGAAACGGAUACAGCUUCUCCACGACAUACUGUCCAGUCUCGCGGCACUGCCCCUGCUUCUGCCGGGCACCGUGAUUUUUUGGUCCCAGCUGCUGGAAAGGCGGGUUUGGCGCGGGGCCAGGGUGCCAGGGCGCGUGAACACAGCCAGGAAGAAGAUCUGCCGGGCAGUCUCCUGGUUCGUUUUGGCAGCUGGCGGCAGGAGCAUCGCCCAUCCGGCCAUCUCCUUUCGGGAAAUGGCUAUUUAUCUGAACGAGGGAUGGACCUGUCUGAACGAGGGAUGGACCUGUGGUUGCGCGCAAUACAGGGAGCGCUGCAGGACUGGCUGGGUUGCUAGGAAGCGUUUGGCGGGAGCCGGGGGCAGGCCCCCGUGCUCUUGUGGCUGUGGCGCAUGGGUAAUGAUCUGGAAGUGCCGAUGGCAGCAAGAGGCAACCGCCCUGCCGAACCGGCAAAUGGGGAUCACCUCUUGCCAGGAGCGUCCGCCCGGCAGAGCCCUUCAGCGGAGCGAAGUCCAAAUCUUUCCUAUCCAGUAA